CUCUCUCUCUCCCCCCUCUCUCUCCCCCCUCUCUCUCCCCCCUCUCUCUAUAUAUACAUGUACCCCGAGUCUUUCGUUCUUUUUGGAUCCAUUGGGAAUUGGAAGACUUUCAGUUCAAUUGGAUCACUCGCCAUUCUUACGAUCACCAGGAUCGAUUGGAUCAAUUGUUAGUUCUUUGCUUCAGUCAUUCGAUUGCCUUUUAUGAUCCGCAAGGGUUCUUCUCAUACAUCCUUCGCUUGCUUUUUGACGGAUGACGCAUAUUUCAAUAUUAUACCUAAACAUCUCUCUUUAAUAUCCAAUUCCAAUCAUGGCUUCAAGUCUGAACCACCAUGAUCCAUCAACGAGCCAACAUGGACAACUAUCUCCUCGUCAAAAAGACGAAUCGACCAUUUCACAUGAAGCAUCCGAUACCUAUUCUAUUCACAGUACAAGUAGCUCCAUUCCUUCCCAACAGCCACCCUCGAAUCUAGCCCCAAUCGCUUCGCACAUCUCCAAUACUCAAGAUGCGCCAAUCCAACAAACGUAUUCUAAUAUCUCCAUCCCCGAUGCUAUCUACGACCGCGUUCCUCCCAAUCGCAAACUCGUUAUCGUGGCUCUGCUUUCCUUUUGCAGUUUCUUGGCUCCGAUUAGCAGUACUACGGUAUUGGCAGCGGUGCCAGAGGUGGCGACUACGUAUAAUAGUACUGGUACCAUUAUCAAUUUGAGUAAUGCGUUGUAUAUGUUGUUUAUGGGAUUGAGUCCAUUGGUGUGGGGACCAUUGAGUCAGGUUUAUGGGAGGAGAUGGAUUUCCCUCAUAACCUCCUCCCUCUUUACAGCCUGCUCAAUUGGCACGGCGCUCGCUCCCAAUCUUCCUGCAUUCUUUAUCUUUCGUAUUCUGACGGCCUUUCAAGGAACCUCGUUUCUCACUAUCGGCGCAGCUUGUAUCGGGGAUAUCUAUCGUCCAACAGAACGUGGAACUGCAAUGGGUUGGUUUCUUUCUGGUACACUUAUCGGGCCCGCACUCGGGCCCUUUAUUGGGGGUAUAAUUGUCACAUUCAAAUCUUGGCGUGUAAUUUUCUGGCUGCAAACUGCAUUGGCCGCAUGUGCUGUGAUUGGAGCUUAUUUCUUGCUACCCGAAACUAUUCAUCGAAUGAAGAAGGAUGAAUUGGUUGGGAUGAGUUGGAAGAGGAAAGCAGGAGUACUGUGGGGAAUGUUGAAUCCUUGGAGAGUCAUCAAACUUUAUAAGUAUCCGAAUUUGAUUAUGGUGGCCUUGGCGAGUAGUAGUUUGGUGUGGAAUAUGUAUUCGCUUUUGACUCCUAUUCGCUAUGUUCUUAAUCCCCGCUUCCAUCUCACCACCCCCAUUCAAUCUGGUCUUUUCUAUCUCGCCCCAGGUAUGGGAUACAUUCUCGGAACCUUCUUCGGCGGUCGCUAUUCUGAUCACAUAACCAACAAAUACAUCCGUAUCCGCGGGACUCGCGUCCCGGAAGAUCGACUCCGCUCCGCUCUCCCCUUUAUGGGCAUCGUCAUCCCCGCUUGCAUGCUCCUCUAUGGUUGGUCUGUGGAAAAAGAUUUUGGCGGUAUUCCGCUUCCCGUUAUCAUGAUGUUUUUGCAAGGGGUGGCGCAACUUUUCUGUUUUCCAAGUCUGAAUACGUAUUGUUUGGAUGUGAUGCAGAGGAAUGGUGCGGAGGUUAUUGCGGGGAAUUAUAUGAUUAGAUAUUUGUUUGCGGCGACGGGGAGUGCGACGGUGCUACCGGCAGUGGAGAAAAUUGGGGUAGGUUGGUUUUCGACGAUUAGUGCGGGGUUUUUGGUGGUUAGUAGUGCGGCGACUUGGGCGGCUGUUAGGUGGGGAAAGGGGUGGAGGGAUGCGAUUGGCGGAAAGGGGUCUGUGGGUGGAGAGGUAGAAAUGCAAUUGGGUGAUGAUGGAGGUGAUGAUAAAGGAAAGAGAAUGGAAAAGGGAAAGGUAGCGAUAGGAAGGGAAGAUGAUCUGGUUUGAUGGAUUGGAUUAUUGAAUGAUGGGGGAUGUAUUAGAGGAGAUGUGGUUUCAAGGGUAUUUCUUGCAUAUAAUGAACCGGAUACGAAGUAAUGAUCAAGAUGGGGUAUAGAACUGGGAAUUAACAAUUGGGAUAGAAUUAGGAUUAUGAUUGGAACAGUACUAGUCAGCCUAGGGAUUUAAGUGUUUAGAAAGACGAGCUUUUUCUUAGCCCUUCGUAGCUAAAAAUAAUAAUAGUCUCACUAAUACUCUUUAU